GUUUUGGCAGGAUCUGCCACUACGAAGUUAUGUGACCUAUAACAGUUCAGUCAAGAAACUUUGCAGGAAGAUGUUGCAGCUUUGCCGACAAUCAAAUAAAAGCAUCUCAUUUAUUCAGGAUGUAAACAGUUACGAAUACACUAUUAGCUCACUGUACCCAGCCAACAUCACUCUAAGAAAGUGGAAAUUGUACAUAAAUACUGUUUCCGUAACUGCAAAUACACCUUAACGCCUUUACUGCAUACGCCUUCUACUUCACUACUCCACAUUAUAAUAGUCUGAUAGCUUUUUGUGAAUAUAGUUAGAAGUAUUUCAUAGACUACGAGAUAAUUACUAGAAAAGGAUAAACAUGAGCCAUUUUCUUCUCUUGUCAAGAAAUUCUCUGAAAUAUCCCCAUACAGGAUGUUGGUGAUACAGAGGGCUUUUUAUUUUCUGCGUUACAAUACGAAGGGGGAACUUAUUUUUCACACGUGGAUAACUAAUGGAUGCAAUCUUUGGAUUUUAUACAUAGUAAUGACACAGACCUUCAUAAAUGUGCACACAACACCAGUGCUGAUGUCUACUUAUUCGAAGAUUCAGACAUGAAUGUCCAGAGUCAUGAUGAAAAUGCCCCACUUCUCGGAGAUGACAGUGAUAAUUUUUCUCCUGAUUCGUAUUCACCACUUGUAAAUGAUGUGCACAGCGAUGCAGACUUCAACAGGGUUGUGCAAAUGUCGUUACAGGCCAUUGAAUCUGGAAUCCAUCCUGAAAGGAUUUAUCAAGGAUCGAGUGGUAGUUAUUUUGUGAAGAAUAUAGAUGGCAAAAAAAUAGCAGUAUUUAAACCUAAAGAUGAAGAGCCUUAUGGCAAACUUAACCCAAAAUGGACUAAAUGGAUGCACAAACAUUGUUGCCCGUGUUGUUUUGGCCGUUCAUGUUUAGUUCCAAAUCAAGGCUAUCUAUCAGAGGCCGGUGCUAGCCUUGUUGAUCAAAAACUCCGACUUAAUAUUGUCCCCACAACAAGAGUUGUUCGUUUAGUAAGCGACAGUUUUAAUUAUAGUCCCGUUGACCGUGCAAAAUCUAAGACUAAGCAACAUGUGGCGUCACAUUUCCCUGAGAUUGGUCGUCAUUUUAAUCGUCUUGGACUUCCUCCUAAGAUUGGAUCUUUUCAACUUUUUGUUUCCGAUUGUGAAGAUGCCGAUUACUGGCUUCGUCAUUUUGACAAUGAGUCACUUCCUAAGCCCACUGCCAAAGAAUUCCAAUUCCAAUUUGAGAAGCUUGUCGUUCUUGACUACCUCAUCCGUAAUACAGAUCGUGGAAACGAUAACUGGCUUAUCCGUUAUCAUAGUCCAGAAUUGAAAGAAGGAACCGAUGAGACUACUAAAGAUGAUUGGGGAGUUGUUGGUAUGCCAAAGAUUGAAUUGUUUGCAAUUGACAAUGGUUUGGCCUUCCCUUUUAAACAUCCUGAUGAAUGGAGAGCAUAUCCAUUUUACUGGGCUUGGCUUCCUAUGGCUAAAGAGCCAUUCUCAGAUUUAAUAAAAGAGGCUGUUCUUCCAUUAUUGUCUGAUGUACACUUUAUAAACGGCCUGGUUCGAGAUCUUCAUAAUUUAUUCAAAAUUGAUCCAGGUUUUGAUCUGUCUACAUUUCAAAAGCAAAUGUCAGUUUUACGCGGUCAGGUUGUUAACUUAAUUGCAGCUUUACGUGAUUCAAAAAGUCCAUAUGAUCUAGUUAGAAUGCCAGUACUUACAUUAGAAUUAUCUACUAAAAAGCGUUAUAAUAAACCACGUUGGCCACAUCAGCGAUUAGCUGCUGGCUUAGCUCAUGGCACCGCUACAAGUACUACUAAUGAUGAUGACAGUAUUGAUUAUUUUAGAAGUUAUACCCAUCACCCUACAGUUGAUGUUAUUCAUCCAGUUCUGAGUGUAAAUACUGAUCAACAGUCAGUGUCAGUUGAUACUAAUCAAAUGCAUAAUUUAAUCGGUUACAACAAUUGUACAGAUUUAAAUAAUAUUCAACCAACUACAAGUAUAACUCAGAGUAAUAGUACUGUUGCUGCAGGUGACAAUAAUGCCUAUGCGAUUGCUGUAGGUACUGAGGAGGAGGAGGAGGAUGGUAUUGAUGCCUUAGAACAUGGAUUAGUUGCUUUACCUUCUUUUAAACCUAAACAAUCUAUAUCAACUGAUAAAACAGCUGAAGUAGAUCUUGCUACUGCUAAUAGUCUUGGUGAUGAUGUACAAGAAGAUGAUGAGGACGCUGAACAACGUUUUAAUUUACGUUAUUAUAAAAAACCAUUUUUCAGUUGGUUUUAAAAUAAAUUGAUCUCAUAAUUUAUAAAACUGAUGUAUAAUUGUUAGAAUUCUUCAUGCAAGUAUAUAUACGUAUUUCUCAGCUAGCUUUUCAGUGUCUCUCCGUUAUAUUCCAUCAUUAUCUGAUCAUUACGGAGAGUAAACUCAAAAUGUAUUGGAUCAGUAUUGUCCUUUCCUUCUGUGUCAAGUAUUUCCUCGGUUAAUUUCUUCACAUAUGAAUUAUAUGGUAUGUGUACUUAUGUAUGUAUACACUUUAUCUGGAAGGGGAAGAUGUGAAUUGAUCGUCUGGAUAAUUUUCUUUUGUCUCUAUUCCUUUUGUUUUCACUUUCUAACGAUUGAAAACUAUUAUUAUUAUUUUUUGACUGUUGUUUUUGUCACUGUUUGAUGUGUGUUGUACUCUUUGCACCCAUUUCUUUAUUUUCUCUUUGCCUCCCUUCUUUCUCUCCCUUCUUCCCUUUUACUAUUCUGGUUGUUUAUUUUUCAUAAAGAUAUCUUUAUGGAUUGCUUCUGUGUAUAUGUGUGUGUGUGUAUAGCGUCCUUCAACUUGAAAUCAGAUAUACUUGAGACUUUUCAAUGUGUUUUCGCGUCACACUAGAUGACUGGAAAUGCUGUUUACAAAUAAAUGGCUGUGGCAUCUGGUUAACUACUAGUUUGUGUGUAUGUAACUGUGUAAUAUUGUGUAUUUGACCUUGCACAGGUUAUCUUUAUUUGUAUAAUUCAUUUGCAAUUUUUAUCUAAUUAAUUAAUUGAAUUUAUUUUAUUUUUUGUCCAUUUCAUUAUUUGUAUCAAAAAAAAAAUAAUAAAAUGAUGAACAGAGCUGUAUGGUAUGUUCACUUUUUUCCUUCGUUUCUUUGUAAACUUAAGUGGAACACAUUAGGGCUUCAAGCCUUGUGCUUUGAAGUUUCAUUAUCGAUGGUGUUAUUCCCCAUUGCGUGGUGGGGUUGCUAGCCUUACACCCUAAGCCCCCUCUUUUCAAGGCUUACUGUUGGCUAGCCAGAGUUCAGGAGUCAAACUCAGACCAUUUGCGUGUCUGACGAGCAUUCUACCAUUGAACCACCGACACGUGUGUUAUGUUCACUGGCUGU